CGCGAACUACAAAGUCCCCGCAAACCAGUGACACUUUAUUCUGCCUCCACGCUUCUGCGCCGGCGCGACGCCUCAACUCCCGCACGAGCAGAUGUCAGGAGUUCAAACUUUAUCGGCGUGAAAGUGAAAGUAAUGAAAGACGAACGUCCUCUCCCGUCACGCUCACCUCCGGGAGAAAAGAAGACAUGGAUCUUUUCUACGGGAAGAGGAGGAAGAUGAGGCGGGGGGAGGAGGAGGAGGAGGCGGAGGAAAGGAAAGAGAAGAUGGAGAAGAAGGUGCUCCGGUCCCUCACCGUUGAGGCGAACGGGACCCCCAAGAACAAAACCCGCCGGCGGCAGCGGCCGCAGCAGCGGCAGCGGGACCAGGAGGAGGAAGAGGAGGAGGAGGAGGAGGAGGAGCGCUGCUUCGCGGUGAGCCUCCUCAAGCCGCAGCUGGUGGCGCCGGCCGCUCCGCGCUACAGCCUGCUGCGGGAGGUGGGCAGGGGCAGCUACGGGGUGGUGUACGAGGCCCUGGCCCGGAAGACGGGAGUGCGGGUGGCGGUGAAGAAGCUGCGCUGCGGCGCUCCGGAGAACGUGGAGCUGGCCCUGGCGGAGUUCUGGGCCCUGACCAGCCUGGAGGAGAACCACGACAACGUGGUCCAGCUGGAGGAGUGCGUCCUGGAGAGGAGCGGCCGGGCGCAGAAGAUGAGUCACGGGAACAAACGCAACAAGCUGUACCUGCGGCUGGUGGAGACCUCCCUCAAAGGUGAGCGUGUGCUGGGUUAUCCGGAGGAGCCUUGCUAUCUGUGGUUUGUCAUGGAGUUCUGCGAUGGCGGAGACCUCAACCAGUACAUCUUAUCACGCCGCCCGAAUCCCUGCACCAACCAGAGCUUCAUGCGCCAGCUCACACGUGCUGUGGCUUUUCUGCACAAGAACAACAUUGUCCACCGAGAUCUCAAGCCAGACAACAUCCUCAUUUCACACAAGUCUGGCUCCCCUGUUCUCAAAGUGGCCGACUUUGGCCUCAGUAAAGUCUGUGCCGGUCUGAGCUGUGGUGGGAAGGACGGCGGGGAGUACCCAGCAGCGGGCGGGAGAGGUCACGACCAGAACAGCAUGAUCAACGUCAACAAGUUCUGGUUGUCAUCAGCCUGUGGCUCAGACUUCUACAUGGCCCCCGAGGUGUGGGAAGGACACUACACAGCCAAGGCAGACAUCUUUGCAAUGGGCAUUGUCAUCUGGGCGAUGAUUGAGCGAAUCACUUUCAUCGAUGCCGACUCAAAGCGUGAACUUCUUGGCACCUACAUAAGGCAGGGCACGGAAAUUGUGCCCGUCGGGGAGGCACUGUUGGAGAACCCUAAAAUGGUUCUCCUCAUCCCCCAGAAGACCAGGAGCUCCAUGUCAGAAGGGGUGAAGAAGCUUCUCCAGGAUAUGCUGGCUGUCAACCCGCAGGACAGGCCAGACGCCUUCCAGUUGGAGGUGCGGAUGGACCAAGUCACUUGUGCCGCGUGACAACCCUAAACUUCCCAUUCUAUUCCCCGAUUUCACCUGAACCUUGAUCUUUUUUUCCCCUAAAUUCAUAAGAGAAGGGACCUUUCUGCUUUUCAAGAUUUGUUUACGAGGUGGGGAUGGAAUUCUGUGUCUGCACCUAAAAAGGACUCUGAACUGUGGAAUAAAUCCUUGGGAAUCACAAACUAAUGGGAAGAACUUAAUAUUCAUCUGUCUGAUGUUUACAAAAUCUCAGGAUGGGAACUGAAUCUGAAUCAGGUUGACAGACAUUUACAGCCUCAUCUGCAUACAACCAUCAACGACAUAAAGCUAAGGACAUUUAAUGAUUGGUCAGAUAUGCCAGAGUCACAAAAAGGUCAGAGGCUAUUUCCCCAAAGAGGUGAUGAGGCUGGAUUUGAUUUUUUUUUGUUUAACCUUAGCUUCAACAUGGACCUGCUCCUCUGUCAUCAACGCACUACGUGCAGCAUCAGUCUCACGAUAACAUGGACCAUCAACCACAAUACUGAAGAGGAACAAACUUGUAAACUGUGAAAUAAUGUGAAUAUUCUUGAAAACACAGUUCCUAUGGACAUAAUAGAAAUACAAUCCACUGGUAUUGUGUCUAUAAGCACCAGGUCACACACCCCCUUAGAAACUUGUGCCUUAUUUUACAGUCAUCAUCUGAAGUCUAAGCAACUGUACAACUUUGUUGUAACAUUUAUUUAUUUUUCCACUCAUGCAGUAUAGGAAUUACUUCGGUAUUGCCGCCCCACCGCAGUUUUAAUCAUAGUGCAUCUGAUGUCAGAAAUACAGUCCACGGGUCUUCCGCAGCAGGGUCUGACAUGAGUUGAUGAGCAUUAGCUACAGGUUAAACCAAAGUGCACCAGUUGGACAAAUUAGUUAUUUAGUAAGUUUUCAUAUUUUAGCCAAGUUUUUGUUUAUCUCAAAAGUGGACAUUCAAAAUCACCAUAAUUCAAGACCAAAAAUAGGAUUACUUAUGGCAAAUGAAUAAGCCAUUGGAAAAGUCUUACAUAUUUUUAUUUUUUUUAAGUUAGCGUUUUGGCAUGACAUGGAUAGAGUUUUGUACAGUAAAGCAGAAACUUGAGUGUAGUGUUUAAGAUAUUACAAAUUGGAAUAAUAAUUUAGACACGACAUAAGAACUUUGCAGUUUUCCAUCAUUUUGGGAUAUUUCAGACUUUUCUUAUUUGACUUUGGAUAUCGGUUUAGAUGGAGGGUCAUUUUUAGACUGCUAUACGUGUGUUAUAAAUAAUACUGUAUGCCUCAUCCUAUAACACCAGAAUGAAACCUGAGAAGCAUUGUUUUUAUCUUUGUGACAAAAUCAGUUUUGUUUUGGGGUCCUAGUUUGAAGGUUUGUCAUUGGGAAACGGUCCCAACAGUAAAUCUACAAACACUGAAAAUAAAACGUGACAACUGUUUGAUUGGACUUCAAAUGUGAAUAUCACAUAAUGUUCAGUCCAACACUGAGGCAUUACUUGGUUUUACAAUCUGCAUCAAGAGAAAAUACUUGCCAGGGUUUGCUCUUAACAGUAUAUUCUUCUCAGUUGUUCUGAUGCCAUAUUGUGUGUUGUGUCCAACACACUGCCAUUUUGAAGAUGCCCCUCUCUGGAUUACAUGACGCUCCUCUCUGGUGGUAACUUGGCCCACAAGACUACUCAUCCAGAUUAAUCAAUUAACGGUUAAAUUCAAGGCUGUCAAUCAAAUGGGAAUCGGCGUGGAAUACUUGCCCUCAUCUAGUUUUACUGGCCCUCCACGGUGUGUGCAGUUCUUUAAGGCAUUUAACACAUUUCCAGGAUUAAAUGGGGUCAUGUCUCAUACUCGCUUUAAUAGAAUAGGCAAAUAAAUCAAACCUCUUUUUUUAAAUACGUGCACUGUAGCAUUUAGGUUCAUUUUAUGGUGAUUUACCAAAUCACAUGAUUGAACUGUCAGAUAACAUUAUGCCUUAUACUCCUAGGACUCAGGCCUCACUCUUAAAUCUCGUUAGCAACAUUGUCAAGUGUUAGACUAGCACUGAAUUUUAAUUCAAAUGCACUUUUUUUCUGAGAAUAAUAGCAUUUUACCUCAGGCUAGAUUUCACAAACCCCAACCAACCCUCUAACUGAUGUUUUUCUUCUUUAAAUGGUUGAAUAUGAAUAUAUGAUCAUUUUAUAGAGUGGAAAAGCAAUGACUUACACUCCUCAUUCUGAGAAUUUAAGGGGCCAGUAUGUCACAUAAAUGACAAAGGUCUUGUAUUUACACAGUUGGAACCAGUGACGUGUUCGAUAUGAGAGUUCAUUUAGCACCAAACCAAAUGUGGCUUGACUAUUUAUUUUGGCCACAGCUGACGUUGAGUUGCAUAGGCGAGUGAGGAUUUUUCUAUGACUUCUGCUACUGUACAUAACUAGUAGUACUUCUGGUUGCGAUGACCUAUUUUUAAUGUAUUGACUGAUGCACUCUUUGUACACCUAAAGGUUUGACCUGAAAACACUCUGUACUAUGCAAAAUGUUUGUGUCUCAUGGUAAAUAUCACUCAAGGAACCACACUGUUUAAAGUUCCUCUGAAUAAUAUCUUUCUUCUCUCCUACAUGCUUCCAGUAUGUACAGUCAUGUUUCCUUUAGAUGUCAUGUAAAAUAGAAACUUUUGUUUUGUUAUGAAGCUGAAUGGAGCCAUUUGAUGUUUUAACAAAGCAUCUUAUUUUUUGCUGUAAAUAUGUUGACUUGUUUUUUCUUGGAAUAAAUGAUCAAAACUAUUACCGACCUUGUCUUUCUCCAUCA